GACGGACCCUUAAGAUUUGCGCGCGCUCAGCUGGUUUACAAUUUUUUAAUUUCAUCGUUUUCUUAUUGUGUUGCUUAUUGUUGAUUCAUCUCAAUUCAAAAUAAAAUGUCUACUCAACCAUCAUCUUUACCAACUUUGGCUAGUCAAGAUCUACUACCAGAAUCAAAGUUCACUAUUCUGGUUGCUAGUGAUAUACAUUUGGGUUAUGCUGAAAAAGAUGUCCUUCGAGGUGAUGAUACUUACACAACGUUCGAAGAAGUACUGCAAAUUGCUCGAGCAAAGGAUGUUGACUUCGUUUUGCUCGGCGGAGACUUAUUUCAUGAAAAUAAACCAUCGUCUAAAGCUAUGACCCGGUGUGUCGAGCUACUCAGAAAAUACUGUUUAGGCUCUAAAGAUAUUCCUAUCAAUGUUGUCAGUGACCAAGAAGUAAAUUUUAAUCAUAGUUAUUUUCCUGUUGUUAAUUAUGAAGAUGAAAAUUUAAAGAUCUGUUUACCUGUUUUUUCUAUUCAUGGGAAUCAUGACGAUCCUGUUGGGAAAGAACCUCUUUGUUCUUUGGAUACUCUUAGUGCAAUGGGUUUAGUGAAUUUUUUUGGAAAAUAUGUCAAUAUUGAAAAAAUUGAUGUGCAACCAUUGCUUUUGGAAAAGGAGGAAAAUAAAAUUGCUCUAUAUGGCCUCGGUGCAGUUCCAGAAGAAAGACUUCAUCGUUUAUUUUUACAAGAACGAGUUGAUUUUAUACCUCCUGAGGGUAAUUCAGAGCGGUGGUUCAAAAUCUUUGUUGUUCAUCAGAAUAGGGUUGCUCAUGGAACUAAAUAUUUACCUGAAAAGUUUCUUGGAAAUUUACCCGAUCUUGUUGUUUGGGGACAUGAACACGAAUCUUUUACUGAAAUGACUUUUAACGAAGAGAAUCAAUUUUAUGUCUAUCAACCUGGUAGCACUGUUGCCACAUCUUUAUGUCCUGGUGAGUCAGCUCCUAAACAUGUAGGAUUAGUUCACAUUUAUUAUGAUGCUGAAAAUGAUACCAAUAGCUUCCUGAUGGAGCCAAUUCCUCUUAAAACGACUAGACGUUUAAUUUGUGAAGACAUCAAUAUCGACAAUCUUCUCAGUAACCGUGGUGAUCGUGAUGAUGAUGAAUUGAACCAAGUGAUUUUUGAAUUUAUAGCUGACAAAAUUCAAGAUGUAAUCAAUAUGGCUGCCGUUGAGCAUUCUGGUGAUCCAAGGGAACCUAAAGAACCGUUAAUAAGGAUUCGUGCUGAAUAUUCCACUGACUACCACCACCUUAAUCCAGGUCUUUUCGGUCAUCGUUUUAUUGGUAAAGUUGCUAACCCUAAGGACUUGGUAAUGUUUAAAUGUAAACGAAAUAGAUCUAAUUCGAAAGACUCCGAGAGUUUUGAUCGUGGGGAACUGGAUGAACUAAUGGAAUUCAGUGUUGCCUCAAGAUGUAAUAUUGAUGAUGUGAUCUAUGAAUAUUUUGCUAAUACGGAUGAGCGUAAUAAGUUAACACUUCUCUCUGAAAAAAUUAUGGUUGAAGCAAUCAAAGAAAUUGUCGAGAAAGAACAAACAACUGACAGAUUAGCUCAAGCAGUUGAUUUUUUCCGGAUUAAGAUACACGAUAUGGUUACAAACGAAAGUGCUAUUUAUUCUGAGAAUAAAGAAGAAAUCGAAAAGGCUAUCAAAGACGCAAAGGAUAAGUACAUGAGAGACGAAGCUCGAGUUUUGAAGGAACUUAAGCAUCUCUUUACACAAGCAUCUCAAUCAAACGGAGAUCAAGAUAUGACCAUUGAUGAUAAUAUGUCAGACGAUGAUUUCAGUACUGGCCCCACUGUAGGAAAAUCACCGCCUACUUCAUCUCAAGUCAGUACCAGCCGUGCAAGAGGUCGUGGUCGAGGACGUGGUGCUGGACGAGGACGAGGUCGUAAUGCAACCCAGUCUACUCAAGGAACUCUUGAUAGUUUAAUUAGUGUUAAGAGACGUUGAAAUUAAUUUCUUGAGCUUAUUGAUCAAUCUGAUCUAUCCAUAAUAAUCUAAUCAAAGUUAUUUUUCAUUCAAAUUACUUUAUAUAAAUUUAUAAUUUUUUAAUUAAAUUGAAAUUUAUUUCAUCGA